AUGGAGCCUCCCAGCAAGCGCGCGAGGUUGAAAAAGACAGAGGCCGAUACUAAUCGACGCACUCGACUCUUUAGUGCAUCUGAUGAGACGUUCCCGGCUACGUUCCCGCGCCAAAUCUACAAGAGAGAGGAUAUCGACGUCGCACCGGUCACGGGUCGGAAACGGCUGCAACAGCGCGAGGAGAUGGGCGAUGCAGCUUAUCGAAGGACACGGCCCCAGAGUGCAGCACUUGGAAUCGACGACAUCACCCCUAUUAUCUACAACCCAGUGCUAGCGCUUCCGGCCAUGCCAGUCCUUGUGUCAAAUUCAGAGAGUCCGAUUGCAUCGGUUGAUACAAGCCUGAGGUUACGGCAGCCGAUCGGACUUUGUGAUUGCUGUACUGCGCUGGAACUAUCCUUCAAUGCUCUCCGUCCGCAGCCAAAUGGUGACAAGGAGGUCUAUAAUCCAGCUGAUGAGUACGCCAGGGAGAGCAGUUUCGAAUAUGCACUCUCACGAGAAAACCCAGGAAACGAGUUUGACGAUAAACUGCAGGACAAAGCAACGUGGGUAAUAUUUGGUAUCCCGAAGUACAGCUGCGAUCGUUUUCGGACAAUGAGAAUCACACAGCCCAAAUUCAUCGAUCUUUUACCCGCUCCGGCCACUGUCAAUUCUCCUGAAAGCGGUACUUUCGUUGCCCGAAUCAUUGGCGAAGCAUUGGAGCCCAAACUUAUCAAUGAAUGGGUUCAUGGGUGCCAAAAUUUGCAUGUUGGAACAUGUCCACCGAUCAGCACACACACUUUCGACUUUCCUUUCUGGGCUAUCGACGUGGUGGACAUGAGGCUUUGCACUAUCCCAGAUGACGCCUUGUAUAUUGCUUUGAGCUACGUAUGGGGCCCAGUAGAAGCAUCGGUUACGACGAAAGACAAUCUUAGCAGCCGGCAGCAAAUCGGAGGACUGCAUUCCACUAUCAAGGUGGCUGCCCAGGUCAUCAAGGACUCCGUCGCAUUGGUGAGAGGAAUGGGUCAUCGCUAUCUUUGGAUCGAUCAACUAUGUGUUAUCCGGGGUGAAGACGAUCUGCUAAAACAAACUCUGAGAGCAAUGGGCCAGAUAUAUCGUUGCGCAUUUGUUACUAUCGUGGCAGCCACGGGCAAAGAUGCAAAUGCCGGAUUGCCUGGUGUUCGGGAAGGCUCAAGGCCGCAGACUCAACUAGCGUAUCAUUUAGGUCAUGGAUCCAAUAGAGUUGCGUUGGUAAAUGCCCUGAAUUCUCCUUCUCUAGAGGGCACAGCGUACAUGGAAAGAGCGUGGACGUAA